AUGAUUAGAUACUAUUUUCAGCCCAGUGUUCAAGAGAUUAAAGCAGAAACAACCCAGCCUAUCCCACCCACGACUGCCCUGUGCAGGUGUACACGGCCCCUGUCACCGUGCAGGUGUACACGGCCCCCUCCCACUACUGCCCUGUGCAGGUGUACACAACCCCUCCCACUACCGCCCCGUGCAAGUGUACACAACCCCUCCCACUACCGCCCCGUGCAGGUGUACACGGCCCCCUCCCACUACUGCCCCGUGCAGGUGUACACGGCCCCUCCCACUACCGCCCUGUGCAGGUGUACACGGCCCCUCCCACUACCGCCCUGUGCAGGUGUACACGGCCCCCUCCCACUACUGCCCCGUGCAGGUGUACACAACCCCUCCCACUACUGCCCCGUGCAGGUGUACACAACCCCUCCCACUACUGCCCCGUGCAGGUGUACACGACCCCUCCCACUACUGCCCCGUGCAGGUGUACACAACCCCUCCCACUACUGCCCCGUGCAGGUGUACACAACCCCUCCCACUACCGCCCUGUGCAGGUGUACACAACCCCUCCCACUACUGCCCUGUGCAGGUGUACACAACCCCUCCCACUACCGCCCCGUGCAGGUGUACACAACCCCUCCCACUACUGCUCUGUGCAGGUGUACACGGCCCCUCCCACUACUACCCCGUGCAGGUGUACACGGCCCCUCCCACUACUACCCCGUGCAGGUGUACACGGCCCCCUCCCAUUACUGCCCCGUGCAGGUGUACACGACCCCUCCCACUACCGCCCUGUGCAGGUGUACACAACCCCUCCCACUACUGCUCUGUGCAGGUGUACACAGCCCCUCCCACUACUACCCCGUGCAGGUGUACACGGCCCCCUCCCACUACCGCCCCGUGCAGGUGUACACGCCCUCUCCCACUACUUCCCCGUGCAGGUGUACACGACCCCUCCCACUACCGCCCUGUGCAGGUGUACACGGCCCCUCCCACUACCGCCCCAUGCAGGUGUACACGGCCCCUCCCACUACUACCCCAUGCAGGUGUACACGGCCCCCUCCCACUACUGCCCCGUGCAGGUGUACACGGCACCCUCCCAGGGACUGCCCUGUGGAAGUAUGUAGCAAGCAUGUUCAGUUUUACAGAAUAUAUAUGUUGUAG